AUGAAUGUAAUAAACCGACGAGCGUUUCAUGCUCUGCGGUCUCUCCAGCAUGAGAAUCCUCUGGGGCUUCCUCGGACGGGAACCAUACCGCGAAUGCAGCGUGGUCUCCCGCAGAAGCGGAGGAUAAAAGACGUGACGAAAGUCAUUGCCGUAUCUUCCGCAAAGGGGGGCGUUGGGAAGAGCACUGUGGCUGGUUCGUUUGUUGCCGGCUCCCGCUUGUCGUUCUCUUCACUUGGCACGAAUCUUGCUCUUGCAUUUGCCAGGCUUGGCCACCGUGCUGGAAUCCUAGACACCGACAUCUUUGGCCCGUCGAUACCCACCUUGUUCAACCUGUCCGAAGAGCCGCGGUUGUCGCAGAACAACCAGCUACUGCCCCUUUCCAACUAUGGCGUCAAGACUAUGUCCAUGGGCUACCUUGUCGGUGAGGAUUCGGCAGUGGUCUGGCGCGGCCCGAUGGUCAUGAAGGCCUUGCAGCAGCUCCUGCACGAGGUCGACUGGGGCGGUUUGGACGUGCUAGUCCUGGACCUCCCACCUGGAACCGGAGACACUCAGCUGAGCAUUACGCAGCAAAUCUUUGUUGACGGCUCCAUAAUCAUCACCACACCGCACACCCUUGCAGUGCAAGACGCCGUCAAGGGCAUCGACAUGUUCCAGAAGGUGUCGGUGCCGAUCCUCGGCCUCGUGCAAAACAUGUCCGCGUUUGUCUGCCAGCACUGUCACGGCGAGACGCCCAUCUUUGGGCCCGGGUCGGGCAUCGUCAGGGAGGUGUGCGACAAGCGCGGCAUCGAGCUCCUCGCCGAUCUGCCCCUGCACCCGAACAUCUCGGGCGAUGCCGCGAGCGGUCGCCCGACCGUUGUGGCCGAGCCUGAGAGCUCGAGGGCCGCUUUGUUUGUCAAGAUCGCCCAGGCGGCCGGCGCAAAGGUUGGACUUUGA